AUGUCUUCGACGAAUAAACAUGAUUCUGAUAAAGAUGAUGAAAUUGAACAAUGUAGAGUUGUCCCGGAUGAAAAGUACAAAAAAUGGAAUAGUAACAUUGGUAGUGGUAAUAAAUUUGCAAGACGAGCUCGUUCAUUUAAAGAAGAUUUGUUGGAUAUUAUAUCAUCUGCGAUGCGAUCGCCUAGCCAUAGUACCAUCAGUUCCAGGAGUGGUUCUCCUAAAAAUGGUUUGCCAAAGCAAAGACAUGCUUCAUCAGGAAGUAGUCCUAAGCGAUCCCUUAAUGACAUCGACUUUCAUGUUAGACAAGUUCAGAUAGCCUUAAGACAUUUCCUUGAUGUAGUAACAAAAAAUAAACUAGAAAUGUUACCGGGAAAUGGUACAGUAGUUUUAGAAACAGUAACAACAAUCUGUGGGGUGUUUAAAUCAUACGAUAUCAAUGAACAAAGUUCACUAGUUGUAUCUGCUUUAAAUCAAGUGUACCAAAGCGUAGCACAAUUGAUUAAGUUAUGUGAUGAUGUUCUCAUAUUUGGAGAAAAAGCAAUCAAUACGGAUAAUGUAUCAGAUAUACUGCGUUUGGUAGAGCUAGCUAUUCAGAACUUGGUAUCAUUAACUAAUGACAAACUUAACCACGGUGUACUUAAAACUGUAUACAAAGACGAGGACUCAUUGAAACUUCCUGAUGAACUGAAGCAAAGAGUUUCUUUACCAGAUAUACCAUUAACACCGAGGGAAAGAGAAAUAUUAGAACAAACGAGUAAUCAUUCUUUUGAUACUGUUGACUGUAACCCUCCUUCAAAGCCACCUUUACCUGAUCGAUCAUGGUUAAAAAAGACUGACCAAAAUAAUUCUCCUCCUCCUUUGCCACCAAAGCGUCGUACUGGACAUAAUAACACCAAGCAUACCCUAUGCAACUUAUCUUUAGAACCAUUAAGCCUUUCUGAUAGAUCUUCAUCAAUAGGUUCGCUGGAUUCAAUUUUAAAUGAUGAUGAAGUUAAUAUUGUUAUGUGCAAUGAUGAUAGUUCUUUUUUAACUAAUGAUGCCAACCAUGUAUGUGGGUAUUGUAACUGUUCUUCCAGUUCUGCUUCAGUGGACCAAGGUAAUGAAAAACGAAUAUCUCCAUUUUCCGAGUAUCCACCUCAACAUACAAUGGUAGAAAAGAAAACUGCAUUUAUUCAUCAGGCAUCUAAUCAAGUUUGGACCCAUUCUAAAUCCACAACUAUACACCAAAUCACUAAUAGAACCGUAGUAUCAAACGAAAUUAAUUGUUCAAUAUCAAAUGAUGAAAUUCCACCACCGGUUCCAGAAAAAAAACGUAUAGUUAGACAAAGGCUGAGGUCUACUUAUGACAAUUUAUCUAUGGAUGAAAUGGCCACACAAUAUAACUUUCAUAGAAAUAACAGUCAUUGUAGUAUUCAAGCUUUAACACAUACUGCAUCACUUGAUAACCCUGCAGUCGAUCCUUCAAAUCCACCACCUUUACCAUUGAAAAAGAAACAUAUGUUUCAUUCGGUGGCCUAUUCGGUAAUGGCAUACAUGGAAAUGUUUGGAAAUUGUACACAUGGGAAUACUACGGAAUUUUUACGUCAUUCUGUUCAUACAUACACAAUGCUUCAUCAAAGUAAUUGGCAUUCACCUCAAAAGUAUCAGAGUGAAAUCCAAAGUUAUAGUGUUGAAAAUUCUUGUCAACAGUAUUACUUUACCAAUGACUCUGAUCCACCAGCAUUACCACCUAAACGUGGUAAAGUAAUGACAUCUCCUUAUAGAGAACUAACACCACCAAAUUCUCCAAAUAAAGUAUACAUAACUGAAGUUAUAUCAACUCCAAUUCAAACUCAGUGUUUAGAAAUUCAGGAUAUUACACCAAGUACUACUGAACAACCUUUACAAACUGAUAUUAGCGAAGUUAGCAUUAUGGAAGAAUUAAAUGUAUCUCAAUGGCUAGUAUUUAAAAAACCAGAAGAAGACGGACCACUUGUUCGAGGUGGACACGCAGAUGCUCUUGUAGUUCAUGCAACAAACGCAGUUAAAAAUGAUUUUAUGUAUCAAGAAGCGUUUUUAACAACAUAUAGGACAUUUAUAUCACCUUUAGAGUUAAUUCAAAAACUAUGCAUGCGACACCAAAGAUUCCAAAACUCUGGUGAUUUGAAUAGGCAACGAGCGGGUCGAGAAUCAUUUUCUUUGUUGGUUAGAGUAGUUAGUGAUUUAACUUUAACAGACUUAGAUAAUGAAGUGCUGCAAAUUCUUAUGGAAUUUGUGUAUCAACUAUUAUGUGCUGGAGAUUUAACUAUGGCAAAAGCACUUAGAGUGAAACUUUUGGAAAGGUAUCAGGCAAAAAUGGUGCAUAAUACUUCAAUAAAUGCCCUGUUACCAUCUCAAAAUAUAUAUACUCGUCAAGCUACUUUGUUAGACUAUAAGACAGAACUUAUUGCUGAACAAAUGACAAUGUUGGAUUCAGAACUGUUUAUGAAAAUUGAGAUACCGGAAGUUUUAAUUUGGGUUAAGGAACAAAAUGAAGAGCGUAGUCCAAAUCUCACAGAAUUUACAGAACAUUUUAACAAAAUGUCCUACUGGGCAAGAUCGCGCAUACUAGAACAAAAUGAAGCUAAAGAACGUGAACGUUAUGUUUUAAAGUUUAUCAAAAUAAUGAAAAGCUUAAGAAAGAUGAAUAAUUUUAAUUCAUAUUUAGCCCUUUUAUCUGCUUUAGAUAGUGCACCAAUAAGACGUUUAGAAUGGCAAAAAUAUAUAACUGAAGGAUUAAAAGAAUACUGUGCACUGAUUGAUAGCUCAUCAAGUUUUAGAGCAUAUAGACAAGCUUUAGCUGACACGAAUCCUCCUUGCAUCCCUUACAUAGGAUUAGUAUUACAAGAUUUAACAUUUGUACACAUUGGUAACAAUGAUUAUAUAUCAGAUAAUAUAAUAAAUUUUUCCAAAAGAUGGCAACAGUUUAAUAUUGUUGAAAAUAUGAAGAGAUUUAAAAAAGGAUGCUACAAUUUCAAGAAACAUGAUCAUAUCAUUGCAUUCUUUAACAAUUUUGAUGAGUUUUUAUGUGAAGAAGCCAUGUGGCAAAUCAGUGAAAGCAUUAAGCCAAGAGGAAGUAAAAAAACUACAUAA